UUGGAAAUGGAAACACAGAUCACUAUAAACGAGUCGGAGAUUUGCAAUUAGAUUUGUAAGCAAUGAAAAAGAACAAAAGAAGAGGAAACUGUAUGAAUACGAAAAUAACAUACCCACCUUUUAAGAAGACGAAAAUAACAUACCCACCGGUGAAGAAACUCAUUUUCUCAGGAUAUGGAGAUCUACUUUAAUGGCCAUUGGGCACUCACAAGAUGACUGUAUUAUGUUAGGGCCGUCAUCUGAACUUGAAAUAAUGAGCAUGAGAUUUUGAGGAUCUAGAGUAAUGAACACUAACGGUCUCAAGAUAUUAUAUUAAGCGCCAAAAAGCUUUGAACUCAGAGUCAACAAGUCCAUUUAAAAGUUAUAUUUCUGACAAAUGACAUUUUUCCAAGUCAUAUGUUUGGCUAACCGACCUAUUCAAAAAGUAACAAUAUUUUGUAAUGUCGUAAAGCAGAGAGAGGUCUUUGUAAUUUUGCAUCGUCAAAUAUUGUUUAGUUUGUGGCUAUGAUGUGACUGAAAUUUCUACAAGAUUUGUUUAAAAUUUAAUUGUAACACAAUUAAAAGCUACCGAUUUCUUCAAUUAAUAUGUUCUAAUAUAUAAGAAGAAAUAAAAGGAGUUGAGUUUUAACUGUGAAUUAUACUUUAAGAAUAUCAUUUAUUUAUAAUAAAAAUGAAACGCGUGUGUUUAUUUGUGUUAUGUGUAGCAGUAUGCGUUUGGAGCAUUAAGCAUGAUUUAAGGGGAUUUGAUGAUAGCAUAAUAUUCAAAGUAACGUGGCCCGGUUCCUUAGAUACACCUGACAAAUUGGUGGAUGAAGAUGGAGUGAAGCCAGAGGUUAAAGAAACAUUAGAAGUAAUGACAACUCUCAAAGAGAAAUACAAGUGUCACUUACCAGAACUGCGUGCUAACCAAACCACCACAGCAGAGGAAUAUGAUGGACCAUUGCCUAUUAACCUGUUACAGCCUCUUUUCACACAGAAGAUCUGCUCUUAUAGACUCGAGACUUAUUGGAGUUAUGAGGUGUGCCAUGGGAGAUAUGUAAGGCAGUACCAUGAAGAGAGAGAGGCUAAGUCGGUCAAAACACAGGAGUUUUUUUUGGGCACUUGGAAUGAAGCUGAUCAAUCGAAAUUGGAAGACAGUUGGAAGUUAGCAGCGGAGAGCAAAGAGACACCUAAAACUACUAAGGUUGAAGGACAGCUGCUGCCUUACGUUGAAAUGGUCAUGGGUUCAGGUACUCAGUGUGAUCUUAACGACAAAGCGCGCCUUACAAGGGUUCUAUACGUGUGCUACAACUACGGCAGGCAUGAGAUCUAUUCCUUGAAAGAGACCGCAACAUGUGAAUACGAAAUUAUUAUCCUGUCACCUCUCUUGUGCCAGCAUCCCCAGUUCAAACCAAAGGUUGUCGAUGAGAACAUCAUAAGCUGUUUGCCGCUGGAUGACGCGCCAAAGAAGCCGAGAGAUUUGUUGAAAAGUGAAGUGGAGAGUUUAAAAUUACAUCAACAGGCGAUAAAGCUGCGGAAUGAAGACGGUGAAACCCACUUGAAGUUCGAGCUACAUCCAAUUUCGGAUGAUGAAACUGAUGUACAGGAUAGCAGCAAACAGGAUACCAUUGCGGCUGAGAUAACGCCGCCUGUCACAGACGACUCCCCAGUUCGCGCCCUUUUGAAUGGCGAAGAGUGUAUGACUGGGGGUACUGGCUGGUGGAAAUACGAGUUUUGCUACGGCAAGUACGUAAUGCAGUACCACGCGGGCAACACCGGGCCGGUAAUCACCGUGAUGCUGGGGAAGUUCGACGAGCAAAAGCACAUAGACUGGAUAAAGGAGAACAAAGGAAAGGCUCCUAAGCCUCACGGUAAACGCACUUCAUUGUCCCAUUUUUACUCGGGAGGUGAUCUUUGCGACAAAACCGGCAAACCUAGACAGACUGAAGUCAAACUAAGGUGCCCGGAGAACUCGUCAAAUGUCGCUCAAGUCGCUUUAUAUCUGCUGGAGCCUAGGACCUGCCACUACAUCCUCGGUGUUGAAUCGCCGUUGAUUUGCGAGAUAUUGCAACACGCUGACAAAGAUGGCCUGAUAAAGCCAACUCCGCUAUCUAAACCCCAAGGCAGCUCUAAGGAAGCCAAAGAAGAACAAACAACAGAGAAAGAUGACAACAAGUUAGGUUUAGAUUAACUGAAUAAAUUAAUUUAUUGUGAUUUA